UUAGCGGUGCAAUGUGCAUGAUAUGCUAUGAAUACCCACCACAAACACCGGACAUGUCUAUCACCACCUCUUCAUCCACCAUCCGCCAAAUCAACUGCUGCGAAGACACAGUUGGCCGCCGGAAACGCCUCUCCGUCGACGACACCGGUCUCUUCACAUUCCCGGAGAAAAAUCUCAUCCUCCACACGCCCAAUGUCAAGCCUCCACGGCCGCGGCGAAUUAUCCUCGUUCGCCACGGCCAGAGCGAAGGAAACGUCGACGAAAGCGUGUACGCUAGAGUUGCUGACCCGAAUAUUCGGUUGACGGAGAGAGGAAGACGAGAGGCUGAGGAAUGUGGAGUGAGGAUAAGAGAGAUGAUUGAGAAAGAUGGAGCUGAUGAUUGGAAGGUUUAUUUCUAUGUUUCGCCGUAUCAGCGGACGAUUGAGACGCUUCGCGGGUUAGGUAAGGCGUUUGACCGGUCGAGGAUCGCCGGAGUUAGGGAGGAGCCGCGAGUACGCGAGCAGGAUUUCGGCAACUUCCAAGAUCAAGAACAAAUGAAGAUUCAGAAAGCAGUUAGAGUUCGAUAUGGUCGAUUUUUCUACCGUUUUCCAAAUGGCGAGUCCGCAGCAGAUGUUUACGAUCGAAUCACAGGGUUUCGGGAGACUCUGAGAACCGACAUUGACAUAGGAAGAUUUCAGCCGCCAGGGGAGCAAAGCCCUAACAUGAACUUGGUGAUAGUUUCACAUGGUUUAGCAUUAAGAGUGUUCUUGAUGAGAUGGUAUAAAUGGACAGUCGAGCAGUUUGAGGGGCUUAACAACAUGAAGAACGGGAAUGUACUCGUCAUGCAAACAGGACAGGGUGGAAGAUACAGUUUGUUGGUGCAUCAUACUCAGCAAGAAUUGAUUGACUUCGGUUUGACCCCGCAAAUGCUUGAUGAUCAGAUAUGGCAAAAAACAGCCAAGCCAGGCGAGCUAAACUAUGACUACUUAACCAAUGGACCGUCUUUCUUCACCCAUUUUGAUGAUGAAAGCAAUGGUUUAUUCAGCUAAAGUCGAUGCUCGAGAGUAUAGUUACAGUUACGAUGGUCCAUCAUGUAAAGUUAUCUAAAAACGGUUUAUAAAUAAUGUACCUUCAAUCAUAAUUCUGUUGCAUGCCCUGUUAAA